AUGGCUUCAGAGAGCGCCGCUGGGGAGCCUGGAGCAGACCCCUCUAGCACCCAGGUCCUAGACAAGAUUGUGUCAGCGUCAAACUUUGAUCGGGAUGAGGUUGAUAGGCUACGGAAGCGUUUUAUGAAGCUAGACAAAGAUAAUUCUGGCACGAUCGAGCGCGAUGAAUUCCUUUCUCUACCACAAGUUUCGUCCAACCCAUUGGCUACUCGAAUGAUCGCAAUCUUUGACGAAGAUGGUGGGGGUGAUGUGGACUUCCAAGAAUUUGUGUCCGGAUUGUCGGCGUUCAGCUCCAAGGGGAACAAAGAAGAAAAGCUCCGAUUUGCGUUCAAAGUGUACGACAUCGAUCGCGAUGGAUACAUAUCAAACGGCGAAUUGUUUAUCGUGCUGAAGAUGAUGGUUGGCAGCAAUUUGAAGGAUAACCAACUACAACAAAUUGUGGAUAAAACGAUCAUGGAAGCUGAUCAAGACGGAGACGGGAAAAUAAGCUUUGAAGAAUUUACCAGGAUGGUCGAGAAUACGGACAUCAGUAUGAGUAUGACUUUGGAUCAAUUUUAA